CCGCACCCGCGCCGCCCUCGCCGCGCCGCAAACGCCUCAAGAGGCGUCCAAACGCCCUUCCAGCGCCCACUUUUUCGCACCCGUCCCCUGGCCCUUGCUUGCGAUCCACGUGUCGUCCGUCCCUAACCCCUCGCCCCCUCCGGCACUCAAGCGCCGUCGCUCCUCUUGGCGAUCAGCACUGACUACGCCGCUGCGCCCCUCGCGCAGUCUGCUUCUGUCUGCUGCCAGCCCCCGCCAGCCCUCCUCACGGCCGUAAAACGGCCUGCCUUUGGCGCUUCCUCACCCACAUCUUCGUCUGGCACCACAUCCUCCUCCGCUUCACUUCCUUCACCACCCACCCACCAUGUCUUCCUCCGAGCUGGCCCCGGCGGCCGCCCCGCAGGAGAAGAAGGUCUCCAAGCACCGCGACAUUGACGCCGAGCACGCCGAGAAGGGCGGUGCCAAGCAUGCGCUCGUCGACAUGAGCACCAUCGAGAUGACGGCCGAGGACCUGUACGACAAGGAGAAGGUCGACCUCGAGUCCGUCGAGCUCGAGGACGUCUACCAGCUCCUGCAGUGCACGGAGGCCGGUCUCUCGACCAGCGAGGUGCAGCGCCGCCUCGAGAUCUUCGGCCCCAACAAGCUCGAGUCGAAGGAGGUCAACCCCAUUCUUCAGUUCCUCUCCUUCAUGUGGAACCCGCUCUCCUGGGUCAUGGAGGGCGCCGCCAUUGUGGCCAUCGCGCUCGCCAACGGCGGCGGCAAGCCGCCGGACUGGCCCGACUUCGUCGGCAUCGUGCUGCUCCUGCUCAUCAACUCGACCAUCGGCUUCGUGGAGGAGCGCAGCGCCGGCAACGCCGUCAAGGCGCUCAUGGAGUCCCUCGCGCCCAAGGCCAACGUGAAGCGCGACGACAAGUGGGCCGAGAUUGAGUCCUCCGAGCUCGUGCCCGGCGAUGUCAUUGCCGUCAAGCACGGCCAGAUCGUGCCGGCCGACUGCCGUGUCUUCGAGGCCGUCAACGUGUCCAUCGACCAGGCCGCCCUGACCGGCGAGUCGCUCCCCGUCAACAAGAAGGCCGGCGACCAGUGCUUCAGCUCCUCGACCUGCAAGCAGGGCGAGUUCGAGGCCGUCGUCAUCUCGACCGGCGCCAACACGUUCUUCGGUCGCGCCGCCGCGCUCGUCGGCCAGGACGACGACUCGACGGGCCACCUGCAGAUGAUUCUCGGCCGCAUCGGUCUCUUCUGCAUGGCCUCGAUUGCCAUCUUCGUCGUGCUCGAGAUUGUCAUCCUCUACCCGGCCUUCCGCUACUCGUACCGCGAGGGCAUCGAGAACAUCCUCGUCCUCUUGAUCGGUGGUAUCCCGAUUGCCAUGCCCACCGUGCUCUCGGUCACGCUCGCCGUCGGCGCCGGUCAGCUCGCCAAGCACAAGGCCAUCGUCACGCGCAUCACUGCCAUUGAGGAGCUUGCCGGUGUCUCGAUUCUCUGCUCCGACAAGACGGGCACGCUCACGACGAACAAGCUCACCAUCGACCGCGAGCUCGUCAAGACGUACAGCGAGCACUGGACGCAGGCCGACGUCGGCCGCCUCGCCGGCUACGCCUCGCGCACAGAGAACACCGACGCCAUCGACGGCUGCUUCAUGAACUUCGUCGGCGGCCCCGAGAUGGCGCGCAAGGGCAUCAAGCUGCUCAACUUCAUGCCCUUCGACCCCGUCGACAAGCGCACGGCCAUCACGUACCUCGACGAGGCCACCGGCAAGGUGUGCCGCGCCACCAAGGGCAUGACGGGUGUCAUCAUCGACCUGUGCUCGCGCAACAAGACCGACGCCCAGGAGACGGCGCUCGAGAACGACGUCGAGGACUUUGCCAACCGCGGCCUGCGUGCGCUCGCCGUGGCGUACGAGGACGUGCCCUCGGGCGACGCCGACGGACCGGGCAACGGCUUCGAGCUCGUCGGCCUGCUGGCCAUCUUCGACCCGCCGCGCGACGACACCAAGGUCACGCUCGAGCGCGCCCAGGCGCUCGGCGUCGAGGUCAAGAUGGCCACCGGUGACCAGCUCGCCAUCGCCAAGGAGACCGGCCGCCGCCUCGGCCUCGGAGACAACAUGUACAACGCCAAGGCUCUGCAGACGGGCCAGCCGCCGGCCGGCUGCCCGUACAAGACGCUCGACGAGAUGAUCCUCAAGGCCGACGGCUUCGCCGGCGUCUUCCCCGAGCACAAGUACGAGAUCGUCAAGCGCCUGCAGGCCAUGGGCCACCUGACUGCGAUGACCGGCGACGGCGCCAACGACGCGCCCGCCCUGGCGCGUGCCAACGUCGGUGUCGCCGUCGAGGGUGCCACGGACGCCGCGCGCGGCGCCGCCGACAUUGUCCUCGUCGAGCCCGGACUGAGCACCAUCGUCGAGGCCAUCCGCGGCUCGCGCAUCAUCUUCCAGCGCAUGCGCAACUACGCCAUCUACGCCUGCGCCGUCACGAUCCGUAUCACGCUCGGCUUUGCCAUCAUGGCCUUCAUCUGGCGCUUCUCGAUGCCGCCGUUCAUGAUCCUGAUCGUCGCCUUCCUCAACGACGGCUCCAUCAUGACGCUCUCCGUCGACCGUGUCAAGCCGUCGAACACGCCCGACAACUGGGACCUGCGCAUCAUCUUUGCCAACGCCGUCGCCUACGGCAUCUGGCUCUCCGUCUCGGCCUGGGCGCUCUUUGCCGUCGCGUACCAGACGACGUUCUUCGCCGACAAGUUCGGCGCCGAGAUGCCCUGGGGCGUCAACGGCGACGCCAACCACCCGAAGCUGCACAUGAUCAUCUACCUCAACACCGCCAUCGCCGCCCAGGCCCUCAUCUUCAUCACGCGCUCGCACAGCUUCUUCUUCAUGGAGCGCCCCUCGUUCGCCCUCAUGGGUGCCUUCUGCCUCGCCCAGCUCGUCUCGACGAUCAUUGCCGCCUUCGGCGACUGGGGCUUCUCCGACGUCGAGGCCAUCAGCGGCGCGUGGAUCGGCAUCGUCUGGGUUUGGACCAUUCUGUGGUUCUGGCCGUUGGAUUUCAUCAAGUUCGGCAUGCGCGCCCUCAUCGCCCGCCUCAUCAAGAACGAGAAGGUCGUCGCCGACCCGCUGGAGCGCACCAUGUCGCGCACCACGAGCCGCGCCGGCUCCAUCGCCACGGGCGCUGGCUACAGCAACCGCGUCUCGUUCCUCAAGAACAUGUCCAACAAGGUCGGCCUCGGCGGCAAGAAGAUCAACAUGGCGCCGAACGAGCUGGCUCGCGUGCAGAGCGUGCAGGCCCACCAGGCCGGCCGCCAGCUGUCGCGCGGCCAGUAAGCGCCACCCUUGACUGCCUUCGCCGCUCGGCCCAGAGGCACCCCCACACUCCUUUUCUUCUCUUCUCUCUCUGCUGCACCGCCUGCGCUGCCGUGUCCCCCUUUCCCGCCCGCUUCAUGUUCCCGUCACUCGCCUCUGAGCCAAAUUACUCUU